GUCGUGCCUGCGCAUCAGGGCUGGGGCUCUCUCUCUCGGGACCCUUCGCUCUAAGCCCUUUAAGUUCUUGGGCUCACUUUGGGGACAUUAGGGUCCCUUGGUGCCAUUCAGAGGAAGUCCUGAGGAUUCUCGAGUGGGAUCUUCGGGACAUUCGCUGGGAUCUUGGGGGCUUAGCCGAAGUCUCAGCCCUCGGGUUCCAGUUGGGAUCUGAAAGUUUUCAGGAGGGGGAGAAGCGAGCAGAUAUCCAGCUCAACAGCUUCGGGUUCUAUGCCAAUGGCUCCCUGGAAGUGGAUUUGAGGCUCCUACGACUGGACCUCCAAGAGACAGACGAGAAGGCCCCCUUGGUGGGGUUCAGCCUGAGCCGGGUUCGAUCUGGCGGCAUUCGAUCCUACUCAACCCGGGAUUACCAUGACUGUCCUCUACAAAGAAACAGUAGCAGCUUCCUGGUCCUGUUCCUCAUCGACACCAAGGGUCUGCAGUGUGUGCCUGACCCCAGGCUUCAGGCCCCUGCUUCUCACCCCAGGGUCCAGGUACGAAAAUAUGGGGAGCAGAAGAAAUUGUUCAUCUCUCCUGGGCUUCUCCCCGAAGAGACUUCCAAACCAGCGCUUCCAAAGCCAGAGCCCACAGUCACCCCUGAAGUAGACAGUGGAACCUCCACAGUCAACAAAGCCAAGGCAAAACUCGCAGUGUCUCAGGACCCCAAUGGGAAGGACAAGGAGCUGGUGUUGGGCCUGAGCCACCUCAACAACUCCUACAACUUCAGCUUCCACGUGGUGAUCGGCUCCAGGGCAGAGGAAGGCCAGUACAACCUCAAUUUCCACAACUGCUACAACUCCAUGCCCGGCCGGGAGCGUCCAUUUGACAUCACUGUGAUGAUCCGGGAGAAGAACCCCGACGGCUUCCUGUCUGCUGCUGAAAUUCCCCUCUUCAAGCUGUACCUGAUCAUGUCUGCCUGCUUCCUGGCGGCUGGCGUCUUCUGGGUGUCCGUGCUCUGCAGGAACACGUACAAUGUCUUCAAGAUCCACUGGCUCAUGGCGGCCUUGGCGUUCACCAAGAGCAUCUCCCUCCUCUUCCACAGUAUCAACUACUACUUCAUCAACAGCCAGGGCCACCCCAUCGAAGGCCUCGCUGUCGUGCACUACAUCACACACCUGCUGAAGGGAGCGCUCCUGUUCAUCACCAUCGCCCUGAUCGGCUCGGGCUGGGCCUUCAUUAAGUACAUCCUGUCUGACAAGGAGAAGAAGGUGUUUGGGGUGGUGAUCCCCCUGCAGGUCCUGGCCAACGUGGCGUACAUUGUCAUCGAGUCCCGAGAGGAGGGCGCCAGCGACUACGGGCUCUGGAAGGAAAUCCUGUUUCUAGUGGACCUCAUCUGCUGUGGCGCCAUCCUCUUCCCAGUUGUCUGGUCCAUUCGGCAUCUCCAGGACGCGUCUGACACUGACGGGAAGGUGGCAGUGAACCUGGCCAAGCUGAAGCUGUUCCGACAUUACUAUGUCAUGGUCAUCUGUUACGUCUACUUCACUCGCAUCAUUGCCAUUCUCCUGCGGGUGGCAGUGCCCUUCCAGUGGCAGUGGCUGUACCAGCUCUUGGUGGAGGGCUCCACCCUUGCCUUCUUCGUGCUCACGGGCUACAAAUUCCAGCCAGCUGGGGACAACCCGUACCUGCAGCUGCCCCAGGAGGAUGAGGAGGAUGUUCAGAUGGAGCAAGUAAUGACGGAUUCUGGGUUCCGGGAAGGCCUGUCCAAAGUCAACAAAACAGCCAGCAGGCGAGAGUUCUUGUGAAGUCUCUGCACCCCCAGCAGCGGCCUCCUCCCACCUGCUUCUCAGCCUGACACUCCAAAGCCUGUGGGAGCUGGGGGACCUGCAGAUAAGGCACCCUGCUCCAGGGGCUACUGUCCCGAGAGGAGCCCAUCUACAAGUUGGACUGCCCCUUCCUCCCAGCAACUGGUGGGCAGCCCUGUCCUCACCAGGGGACCCCACCCACUUCCAGCUGUACAAUAAGGACCCCUCCGUUUCUGCUAYCCUGGUUUCUUGCCUUUCUGGGGGUUGAGGUCUCGGUGGAAGUUGUGUUUACAACCUGUAUUUGCUUUACACAGUCAAUAAAUAUUAAUUGAGCAAC